AUGGCACUUGUGAGAGCAACUCAACAAACCUCCUCUUCUAAUACUUCUCGAUGUUGUCGUUAUCACGUGUUCCUCAGUUUCAGAGGUGAAGACACUCGCAAGACUUUCACUGACCACCUCUUCACAGCCUUGGUCAAUGCCGGAUUUCGCACUUUCCGAGACGACGAUGAGCUGGAGAGAGGAGAAGAUAUUAAGCCCGAACUCCAGAAAGCAAUCAAACACUCAAGAACUUCUGUUAUUGUGUUUUCGAAAGACUACGCGUCGUCCAGAUGGUGCCUUGAUGAGCUUAUGAUGAUCCUUGGACGCAAGAGGACCUCACCUGACUAUGUCGUUUUACCUGUCUUCUACGACGUGGAUCCAUCCCAUGUGCGGAACCAGACAGGAAGUCUUGCAAGGGCAUUUGCUAGACACCAAAAAUCUCAACCCCCGAAGAAGGUGAAGGCAUGGAAGGACGCACUUGCAGAGGUUGCAGAUCUGGCAGGGAUGGUCUUACAAAAUGAAGCUGAUGGACACGAGUCAAAGUUUGUCAACAAGAUUGUUCAAGUGAUAGGAGAAAAACUAAGGCGUAGACCCCUAAGUGUUCCCCACAUCAUGAUCGGAAGGCAUUCUCUAGAUCUAAUCAACAAACUGAAUUUGUGGUUACAAGAUGGAUCAGAUGAUGUUGGCAUACUUGUAAUUUAUGGCAUGAGUGGAAUAGGGAAGACAACCAUUGCAAAGUCUGUUUAUAAUUCAAACUUUGGAAGGUUUGAAGGAAGCAGCUUCCUUGAAAAUAUCAAAGAAGUUUCACAGCAACCCAAUGGCUUAGUUCAAAUACAAACACAGCUUCUUUCUGAUAUUUUGAAUGGGAGAAAAAUGAGAAUAAGCAAUGUUAGUGAAGGAUUAACUGAGAUUGAAGAUGCAAUAAGCUCCAAGAGGGUUCUCCUUGUUCUCGAUGAUGUGGAUCAUAUGGACCAAUUAGAUGCAGUACUUCGGAUGAAAGAUCAAUUUUGUCCAGGAAGUAAAAUCAUAAUAACAACUAGGCGUGCAAGAUUGUUAAAGGCUCAUCAAGUUACUAAGGUGCAUGAAGUUGAAACUUUGCAUUACAAGGAAUCAUUGGAGCUCUUUAGUUGGCACGCUUUUGGCCAGGACCAUCCCAUUGAAGGUUACAUUGAAUAUUCGCAAAAAAUAGUGCAUCAUUGUGGAGGACUUCCAUUAGCUCUUAAAGUUUUAGGUUCUUCUAUGUACUCGGAGGAUAGUAUAGAUGUAUGGAAAAGUGCACUGCAGAAGUUGGAAGCCAUUCCAAAUGGUGAAAUAGUAAAUAAACUAAGAGUAAGCUAUGAUUCUUUGCCAGAUGACCAUGACCGAAAUUUAUUCCUCCACAUUGCUUGUUUCUUUAUCGGAAAGGACAAAGACUACAUUGUUAACAUACUAGAUGCAUGUGAUUUCUAUACAAUUGUUGGCAUUCAAAAUCUCAUCGAUAGAUGUUUGGUGAGUAUUGAUAAAUGGGAGAAGGUGCAGAUGCAUGACAUGAUCUGUGGAAUGGGAAGAGAAAUUGUUCGCCUAGAAUCAGAGAAGCCUUGGAAGCGUAGUAGAGUGUGGCAACAUAAGGAUGCUUUCAAUUGUUCACCCGUUUUGCGUUUACUCCUAUAA